UUCGUUUUUUGUUUAUUUCAGAUUUUUUUACUUUUAAGUUUUGAGUUGAAAUGAUUUCACGUGCAGUUUUUUUGGUGAUUUUUUUAACAAAUUUCGUUAAUAUCCAAGGAGCAGCUAGAAAUACAGUGACAAAUGAAGAUAUCCGUGAUGCAAUUUUGCAAGUGGUUAAGGUUGUGAAAACCACCGAAGACAAAUUGGAGAGGCAUGAAUUUAGGGAACGUGUACUGGGUGAUUCCUUGAAAAAAGGUUUGGUGAUAAUCGAAAAAAGAAUAAAAACUCUGGACCCUUUAAAAGGAGCUUUCACGAGGUUGGACGAACGUCUUGCUGCUGUAGAAUCAGUGUUACUUCAAAAGGACGAAAGAGAAAAAAAUCACCUUCAAAAAACGUUUGAUGUGGUGGACGAUAUUCACAAAAACCUUCCAAGUUUAUUGGAAAAAGUCAAAAAUGAAAUCAUUGAUGAAAUAAGAAAUAGCCAACAACCACCUGCCCAAAUGACGGAACCUCCAGUAUCGAAAAAAAUCUUUGAAAAACUGGAAAAGGAACUCAUCUCCAAAGUCGAUCAGGUGUCAAAAUCACUAAGUGGCGUGGAAAAACAACUGGGAAACCUGAGAAACGAUAAUAAAGGCAUUCUGGAUAUGAACAACAAAUCUUCAGAAAGUUUGGAAAAAGUUAAAAGACAACUGAAUAGCAGUGAAAGUUUGCUGCAAAAAUACGAGGAUAAGUUGUCGGAGUUCAAUAAAAUCGCCAUUUCGACUCCCGAAAACGAUGAUGAUGAUCGAUGGAAGAAAGAGUUUUUGGAUGAUCUUAAAACCCAACAAACUCAAAUCUCGAGAAUCCUCAGUGACGUCCAGAACGUAAGUCGAUUGUUCUCAAUUAUCCCUGAUAAAAGGGAAGUGGAAAGCAUGGGUAACAUGACCAUGAGGAAGCUUGAAGAGCUCAAACAGUUGGCCUCCAGGCCUACCGGUAUUUCGGACGAUUUAUCCAAAACCAUCAAGGAAAUUAAGGAGGAACUUGAAAAUAAUCACAGCGAGCUCAAUGGGACGCUUACCGAUUUAACUGAGGUUUCUAGCGCGCUCGCAAGCAGCAUUCCUGCAAGCUAUGACCAAAUCAAAAACGAUAUAAACUCCCUGAACCGACUUGAGCAAGUUAUGAUGCAAACUGCUGAUAACGUGUUGGAUACCAAACGUAGGGUGGAAUACGGGGUUCACCAAAUUUUGGCCGACGUCAGCAACAAAAUUAAAGAUGGCGGCAAGGAUGUUAUAGACUCGGUCAAUGAAAGGUUUGAAACGUUUGAAACGUCGAUUUUGGACGAAGAAAAUGGAGCCUUGGCUAACCUUACAUCGAAAAUUGGCGAAGAAAUCGAUCAGGUUUGGAGGCAAAUCGGCAUAAUGCAUCAACAAAUGACAGCCAGCACUGACACGUUAAAUAAGCUUCAAAACCAAACGGAUUCGUACGUCAACGGAUCGUUGAAAUCCAUGGAUAGUAUGAAAGGAAAAGUGGGCCAGGUAAACACCCGCAUGGAGGAAGUGGACGAAAAUUUGAACUACCUACUGGGCAAACUGUCCAUGGUUAGUCAGGAAUUCAACAUGAUCAAAUCAGGCUUGGGAAAAGCUCUGGAAGAUAUCAAAAACAGUUUUAAAUCCGUCGAACAGGAAGUAAAAGACGUUGGUCCAGGUCCUCACAAAAUUUCCAGCAAUGAAGUUGCUGGAAAUUAAUUUUUUUAUUAAACAAAAAACAUCUGUAAGAAAGUCGGGAAAAAUGUGUUUUUUUUGUAGAAUAGCUGUCAUUUUGACAGUAUCAAUUUUUUACUUAUUUAAGAUAAUUGUUUAGUUUGUGGUAGGAUUUUUAUACUUUUAGGUAUUAAUAAAUAAAGUUAUUAGUUAAAA